UUUCCAUUUUGAGAAGACUGUGAAAUUACGAACAUUUAAUCCCCCAAUCUGAUCUACGGGAAGAUGAACAAAAGUUACGUUUGGAAGAUAGCGGGAAUCAAUCAUCCCAACCUUCUUCAGAUAGACAAAAAUAGCAAACAAAUAUUAGGAGGAUUAUUUUACAACACCUUUAAAAUAAUUCACGAUAAAUUGAAUUUCAGCUAUCGGGUUGUGGAACCGUUACCAGAGUUCUUUGGGAAACAAGACGAGAAUGGAAACUGGUUCGGUACAGUCGGACAAGUAAUUAAUCAGGAAGCGGAUUUGGCCUUUACUCCUCUUUUGAUGACGUACGAACGAGCUUUAGGUCUUGACUAUUCUUCUCAUGUCAUAUUCGAAACAGGCCAAUUUAUCAUAAAAAUGGGUGGUCAGGAAUCAAACUGGGAUUCAAUUACAAAACCAUUUACUCCUCUGCUCUGGUUGUCGAUAUUUUUCGCAGUCAAAAUAUUUGGAAUUGCUUUAUAUGGAAUUAUGAAAUUUGAAAAGAACGUGUACCGAAUAAAGAAAUUGGAACCACUGUCGAAAGUCUUCUGGUUUCUCUUCGGUACUUUAGUUUUUAAUGGUGAGUUGGUAUUUGUUUUAGUGUUAACAUAA